AGCUCUCUACCUUAGACUGCCAUCUGCCUUGGGCCCUCUUGCUGCCGCUAACCCGACGAAGAUACAAUGACGACGGCUAUUGAAGAUUCGCAAAUGAAUUCUGGAAAUGGUCUUGUAUGCUUCACGAAUUGCUUGCUUGCACAGGAGGAUGGCUCCUUGCUAGAAAAGGAUCUUUGGAUCGAUGAGCGUCGCGGUGUCAUCGUUGAUGCCCAGAGGACUUUCUUCCUUCGCAAGGAACGGCCCGAUACGGUGAUAGACCUCGGAGGAAAUAUCCUUAGGCAAGUGUUUCUUGCUUCGAAAUGUCUUUCGAAACUAACGUGCCUUUGUUGCAGCCCGGGACUCCUCGAUAUUCAGCUUAACGGUGCAUAUGGCUUUGACUUCUCCGUAUAUAAUGGAGAUGACGUUGUAUAUCGUGACGGUCUUGAUAUGAUUGCUCGACGUAUCGUUGAGACCGGAGUCACUUCAUUACUCCCGACGAUCAUUACUCAAGAAUGUUCCUUAUACCCUUCGCUCUUGCGGCUGCUUCGUCCUCAUAGCCCCGUAGCUACACCGGAAUAUCCAUACGGCGGUGCCACUUUACUUGGCUGGCAUGCUGAAGGUCCUUUCAUCUCUGCCACCAAACGUGGUGCACACGCCCUCCCCUUCCUCAAGGACGCGGCGAAGGGAAUUGCAGACGUCGAAACAGUAUAUGGCGCCGACGCGCUCGCCCAUCACGAGGAUUGGGUCCUCUCGGCAAGUUCAAACGCGGACAGCGUCGGUGUACGGAUGAUAACGCUCGCUCCCGAGCUUCCAGGGAUUCUUGAGCGCGGAACGGACGUCAUAGGUACAUUGACGAGACGCGGAGUAUGCAUCGCUAUCGGCCACAGUGUAUCUGGUACGGAUACUGCUGCCCGUGCAGUACGCCGGGGUGCGCGGAUGGUGACGCAUUUAUUCAAUGCGAUGCCUCAGUUGCACCAUCGCGACCCUGGCAUCAUUGGUCUGCUAGGUGCGACUCCUGCAAGCCUCAUCUCCAGUUCGGAAACGAAAUCCAAGCCGAAUGAAGAAGGGUUAAUUUCCCCGAGUGGUACGAUGAGUCCGACUGGGACGAGCUUUGCUGGUGCCAUCGAAUCCGUCGAAGCAGGUGGUGCAGAAGCGCUUGACGAGAAUGAUACUCCACCGCAUACCCCAAUAUUCCGUUCCUCUCCAGUGCAACUGAGCCAAAGCGAACUAUCGAAAUUGGAUGUGACUCAAUCAGACAUGAAGCGUCCGUUCUAUGGGAUGAUCGUUGAUGGAGUGCAUUCGCACCCUAACUCUGUUCGGUUGGCAUACACUGCACAUAAGGACGGAUGCAUCUUGGUGACUGAUGCAAUGAAGAUCCUGGAUCCAAACAUGCCAGACGGGACAUACGAUUGGCGCGAUGGACGACGUGUCGUCAAAGAAGGCGUCAGGCUUUACAUUGAGGGCACCGAUACUCUUGCCGGAAGCGUUGUGACACUCGACACUUGCGUACGCAACUUCGUCCGCUUCACAGGUUGCACGCUCGGUGAAGCCCUCAAAUGUACAACAUUCAACCCAGCCAAGUGUCUCAGAAUUGAGAAUAAGAAAGGUACACUCCGACCUGAGGCAGACGCUGAUCUCGUCGUCCUUGACAAGAAUGGUACCGUCUUGAGCACCUGGGUGCGUGGACGUAGGGUCUGGACACGCUCCUAAACUCGACGAUAGCUCUGCUUCUUCCAAUGGAUAACUUGGUCGAAGAUACCUAAAGGCCGAUGAAGUUGAAUGAACCGAUGGUUGUUGAGGUGAUCGGCUCAUGCAUAUUCCUUAGGUUCUCUGUUCUAUCUUGUCUAUCGUUCUGUCUGAAUAUUUCUUGUGUGUACAAGUAUGGCCGUAACGAAUACGCGUGCAAAAGUCAAAAGUAGAAAGUAGAAACUCCACAUUGCUAUCACAAUUGUUUUCGUUCCUGCUUUUUUUGCCAGAUAGAAACUUCUUACGAAUGCAUGUACUUAUCUCUACUUUGUAAAUAGUUUUUUCGUCUUCCUCUUUCCUGUUCAUUAUGCAUACUUCCAAUAACGAAGUAUCUUCAUUUCUAUAUGCAUAAUAGUACAAACUCUUAAAGAGGGAGUACAUAGAGUUGCUAAGCAAUUUUCAUUUUUUACCAGACUCCUUGUAGCAUGUAUAUACAGUAGAGUAGGCCAACAUGUAUAGUGCUGGGAAAGGCCAUUAUUCAACUCUUAUAUUUUGACAUUGCAUUUU